CCGAUAUCAUUCUUCUCUCACAGUUUGACUUCGCCACUUGCUCACAACUCUCAAGUCCAACGUCGCCGUGAAUUAUUAACGUCGCGACUCGCGGCGCAGACUUAUCCCGUGUGUCUACUGCUGGGUGCAUACAGCUGGGCCGCGGCGCCUGCUGUCAGUCUGGCCCCAACUGCCUCUCGCUCUGGUCAGGCCCCUCCAUGCUUGAUCUGGUUUCGCUCGUAGUGUGAUCCGCCCCCUAAACCGCAGCAUUGGCUGUCGUCGAAGUUUUCAGGUUUAAGCUACUGUGAGAGGUCCAUGCUGUUGCAGGCGCUGCCAAGUUGUGGGGUGAUGGCUCAGUACUGCUGAUAGUGUAUCUUCUCCCUGAUUCUUAGUUGGGAUCCUUCGGUGUCGGUUUGAUAGAUUCUCUGCAGUGCCUGGUUUGAGAGUUGUGCGUCUGAUGUCCAGUUUGCUCUGUGUCUUGCUUUGAUGUUGCAGCACUUGUAAAUUGAGUUGGGUAUGGGCAACUGAGUACAAUUUGGAAGGUCGAUUUUAGGACCGUGACAAAUAAUCGGCUUGUAAGGGUAUCUGGGAGAGAUUUUGAGGGUUUGCAGUUAUUGCGCAAGUAGUUUCUGGAUCGAGUUUAGCAUAAUCUGUCGUGCAGAUGUUUGAUCGUUGAGUCUAGUGCUGUUUUACUCUUUCCUGUACACUGCGGCGUAUUAUACUCCGGCUUCACUCAGAUUCAUUGGUGGUUUUAUGAAGAAAGUUCCGGGUUGCUGUUGUAUCUGAAUUCCACGGGUCGCAAGGAAAUUGUCGCUGAUGGCGCAGGUCGAGGGUGGUGCCGGCGAUGGGGGUAAUCUGUAUCUCCCCUCGGAUAUCUUACGCAAAAUGUUGGACCGCGUUGAUGCGAAAACUCUUGCUAGAGUUAGUUGUGUGAGCAAGCGAUUCCGCUCCAUUUCAUCCGAAGAAUCAUUCUGGGAGAAUCUAUGCAACCAGCGGUGGUCAUCAACAAGGGAACCUUCCGUGAAAUCUCUCAUCUCAUCAGCAGGAGGGUUUAAGAAACUUUACAACAACUGUUUCCCUUUCAUUUUGUCCAAUUCAGAAAGCACACCCAGCCGAGGAUUCGAUCCCACCGACAGGGAGAAUUCCUCUCCAUCUAGUUUCAUGUCGAUUGUAGACGUCACAUUCAAUGGUAAGCCGGUGUUGUCACGAGUUGUUAACGGCAUUCCUGGUGCUUGGGAGCCAUGUGGACCCCUGGUGGACAUCCUUGAUGCGGCAACGAUGGCUCACGCGGGCCAUGGGGUGUCAAUUACCAAGCAAGACGAGCAUGGUGCUGUUCUCACAAUCUACAACAAAAUUCCCGAAGUGUCUUCCACGGUGCAGGAGUGCAGCGACAGCCCGUUCAGUCCAGUAGAGUUCUGCAACAGAAUGCGCGUAAGCUGGAUUCUGAUCAACACGAAGACGCAACAAAUGGUGAACCUCAGCAGUUGGAAACCUCUGAGCGCAGUACGCCACCGGCCCUUCAGUGACGAUUUCCUCCUCCGCUUCGGCUCCAUCCUCCAGACCCCUUCCGUCCCCGUCCACUGCAACAUCACCAUGCGGUGCAGGACAUGCACAGUUGUGACAUUGAGUCACAAUGAAGUCCAGGGACACCAGGUCAGGUUGGGCGCCACAACUGCCGUGAAAGUCACAGAGCUCAGCUUGCACCUCGAGAACAUCCUGGGCGCGCACAUCCGCGGUGGAGAGGUGAUGUCACUGCUCUCGCUGGCAAUAACUUCCGACAAGACUGUCGACGAGAGUAAAGCCUCUGGAGUUUACAACAACUUCAGUGCAACGCAGUCCUUGAACCGAGAAGCUCUGAUCCGCCAAGAGAAUCGACGUCAAAACGCCGGCGCUGUCUUCUUCGUUGGAAUCAUCGUAGUUCUCAUGUCCUUCUUAAUCUAGAUCGUUUCACAGCUGCACCCACCUUCACAUUGGCGUCAAUGCACGCCAUUGUUUCUAAUAAUCGAUAACAUCUGCACAUGCUCGUCACAUUUUGCAACACCCCAUCGUUAAUUUUUGAGAUGCUGAAUCUGCAUUUCCAUUCGUGUUCCACGA